AUGGAGAAAACACUCAGUGAAUCAUCGCAGGCUCGGCUCAAGCAGAAGAAAGCAGAGAAUGAGAAGGUCGUGCUGGAUGUCGAGAACAAUUAUUGUCGUUUGAAAGCUGCAUUGAUGAGCCGAUUAUCGAAACAACCUUCAACUCAGCCCAACCUGCAGCAACUAACGGCUCAAGGUACUUCAACUGGUCUGUCUCGUGUCAAGCUUCCGGAAAUCCGUCUACCAACCUUCGGAGGACAUCUCAAGGACUGGGUGACCUUUCGCGAUACUUUUCGGAGUUUGAUCCAUAAUAACCCACAGCUAACGGAAAUGGACAAAUUCACGUAUCUACGGUCAUCGCUCAGUGGAGAAGCUCUUCAGGAGAUCAAUUCCGUGGAAAUGUCAGACGUCAACUAUGUGGUUGCCUGGACGAUGCUGGAGGAGCGAUAUGAAAACAAGAAAUUGAUUGUUAAAGCCCAUCUUGAUGCCUUGUUUUCGAUUGAGCCCAUACGCAGAGAAGGAUACGAGUUGCUCAGUCGUCUAAUCAGCGAUUUUGAUAAACAUCUUCUCAUGUUGGAUAAAGUUGGAGAAGACACAAACAACUGGAGCACCAUUCUUGUCUACAUGGUGUGCUCUCGUUUAGAUUCCACCACGCUUCGAAAUUGGGAAACACACCAUAACUCAAAGGAAGUGCCCAAGUACAAGGACCUCAUGCAUUUCCUAAGAGAUCAGUGCUCCGUGUUGCAGUCUGUGGCUCCAGCUAAGGCUAUCGUCGUCCCUGAGAAGAAGGCAAAGUUCUCCGUCACCAACUAUGUUGUUCCAACCAAACGUAUAGUUCUCGCUGAAGCGGCUCGGUUAUUUGACCCACUAGGCUUGAUCGGUCCUGUAGUCGUUAUCGCAAAAAUCUUUCUACAAGAACUGUGGAAACACAAUUGCGGCUGGGAUGAUCCAUUACCUGAAGCGAUGCAACAAUUUUGGCAAGAAUACAGGUUGAACUUGACCGCCCUGUCCUCCUUUUCGAUUCCACGCUGGAUUGGAUACAAGGCCGAAGCAGUUUCAAUGGAAUUGCAUGGGUUUUGUGAUGCAUCGGACAAGGCCUACGGUGCGUGCAUCUACACACGUUGCACGCUGAUGGAUUCUUCAGUAGAAGUACGCUUGCUCAUUGCCAAAUCCCGUGUUGCGCCGUUGGAGGACCUCAAACGGAACAAGAAGAGACUGUCAACCCCUCGUCUUGAGCUUUCGUCCGCAUUGCUACUUUGUCAUCUGUACGAGAAGGUCAAGGCCAGCAUUCGCAUUCCCCAUAACGCAAGCUUCUGGACCGAUUCGACAAUCGUUGUGCAUUGGCUAUCCUCUUUGCCCUCGAGAUGGCAGAUUUUCGUAGCCAAUCGUGUUUCCGAGAUUCAGCACAUCACCAAGGGUUUCGUUUGGAAUCACGUAGCUGGUGCGGAAAAUCCGGCGGAUGUCAUUUCUCGAGGUAUGACCCCGGCUCAACUACUGUAUCACACAAUUUGGCUUGAAGGUCCGGCAUGGCUGCGUCGAGACCGCAGCACUUGGCCGGUGGCAAGCCCCGAAGAGGAUUUCGAUCGAACAUUACUGGAAGAGCGAAGCGCAGUUGCAAUCCCAGCUCAGUCCAAGCCAAACAGCGAGUUAUUCGGUCUACAUUCGUCUUUGUUCGUAUUGGUGCGAAGAGUUGCAUGGAUUCGCCGUUUCAUCCACAAUUGUCGACGCCCAGAAGAAGUACGCAGCGGAAACAUCAACCACAUCGAACACCAAGAAGCCAUGCUGUCGCUGGUACGUCUGGCCCAGAACGAAUCGUUUCCAGAAGAGAUUUCUGCACUACAGCGCGGAAAUCAAGUGAAACCGUCAUCUCCAAUCCACAAACUCUGGCCAAUACUCGUCGAAGGUGUACUGCGUGUCGGUGGUAGACUUUCCGAAGCACCUGUGUCAUCAACUCGUAAGCAUCCAGCGAUUCUCUGUUACCGGCAUCCCCUGAGCAAACUGAUCGUAGUAGACUACCACUUGAGGCUGUUUCACGCGGGUCAACAGCUGCUAACCAGCAGUGUACGAGAGAAGUACUGGCCCACUCAAAUCCGUCGACUAGCAAACACGAUUAUCCACGAAUGUGUAUCCUGUUUCCGUAACAAGCCGAAGGUGUUAGAUCAGCUCAUGGCAAACCUACCGUCAGAACGUGUAUCGCCAGCACCGCCAUUCGUGAAGGUUGGUUUGGACUAUUGCGGGCCAUUCUUCGUUGCCAACUCCAACCGACGCGCAGCUCCACGGAAAUAUUUUCUCGCUGUCUUCGUGUGCUUGGUGACUAAGGCAGUUCACCUUGAACUGGUUGGAGAUCUGACCAGUGCUGCCUUUAUUGCUGCGUUCAAACGUUUUGUCGCACGUCGAGGUAAACCCGUCCUGGUAAUGUGUGACAAUGCUCUCAAUUUUGUCGGAGCAAGACGUGAGCUCAGCGAAUUGCACCGAUUGUUUCGCAACCAACAAUUCCAGGAGUCAGUUGCAGAAAGCGCAGAAGAAGACGAAAUUGAAUUCCGAUUCAUUCCGGCAAGAUCGCCCAACUUCGGCGGCCUCUGGGAGGCCGCGGUCAAAUCCUUCAAAGGCCAUUUCAAGCGCACCGUUGGGUCGAAGAUUCUGCCACACGACGCCAUGCAUACAGCAAUCGUGCAAAUAGAAGCGAUCCUGAAUUCCCGUCCGCUGACACCCGUUAGCAGUGAUCCAAUGGACUUCGAGGCAUUGACCCCAGGUUAUUUCCUCAUUCAGAGACCACUAACCGCUGUUCCCGAACCAGACCUCAGCCAUCUUCCGAAAAACCGCCUUUCACUGUGGCAAGAAAUGCAAGGCUUCGUGCAGCACAUGUGGAAAGUAUGGUCAAGGCAAUACUUGUCCGACCUCAACAACCGAACGAAGUGGACACGUCGGCGAAACAAUAUCUCUGUCGGUACAAUGGUUGUUGUAAGGGAAGAUAAUCUUCCCCCACUGAAAUGGAAGUUGGGGCGAAUAGUACAGGUCCACGCGGGUACCGAUGGAAACAUCCGCGUGGUUACGGUUAAAACACAGGAUGGCCUGUUCCGUAGAGCAAUAUCCAAAAUAUGUGUCCUUCCCAUCCGGGACAAUCAAACUGAUUCCACUACCGAAGAUCAUUGA